UCAAUAAUCUUUGUUUCUGCUUCCACAAAGAAAAAAAGAAAAGAAAAUGAAGUUCUUGCUUUACCUUGUUAUGUUCUUUCUCCUCUUAAAUUGUUGCGCAACCGCACAAUCUCUGAUUCGAGAUUCUUGCAAGAAAGCUGCAGCUACAGACCCGAAACUCAAAUACGAUUUCUGCGUCAAGUCUCUUGAAGAGAAUCCGCAGAGCAAAACCGCAAAAAGUCUUGAAGGAUUGGUCUUCGCAUCGACCAAGAACGCUGUUUCGAAAACGACGAGCUUGAAAGGAAUGGUUGACAAGAUUUUCAAGGAGGAUAAAUAUGAAGUGGAGAGGCCGUUACGUGAUUGUCUCGAGCUUUAUACCGAAGCUAUUGAUUCCUUAAACCAAUCUUUAGACACUGUUAAGUCGCGUGAUUACAAAACCGCUACCAUGCUUAUGAGUGCUGCAAUGGAUGCACCUGGAAGUUGCGAAAGUAGAUUCACAAAAAGAAAAAAGGCUGUGAAAUCUCCAUUUACGAAAGAGAACGAUGUCUUGUUUCACAUGGUUCUGAUUCCUAUAGCUUUUACAAAUAUGUUAGAUAUGAAAUAACCAAAAGUUUUAGGUAACAAUAGUGAUAAUGUACCUCAGAGUAAUGGGCUUAUUCACUGUAAGAAGCAAUGGUCGUAGCUUUUUCAAAGUCUUGAAUAAAGAGUUAUCUGCAUAAACAUCACAGAAGGUUUAGAUAA